UAAAUACUCCAUUGGAGUAAGCAUUGUGAUCAGUCAACGAAAAAUCUCCACUGAAUUCAUCAAAAUGGCUCUUCUUACUUAUGUUUACGUUUUGGCUGCAUUCUGCAUUGCCUCAUCUAUGCAAAGCGAAUAUCUCAAAUGUUCAAGUGGAGAACCAGAACCAUUAGCCUUAAGAAUUGAAGGGUGCGAUAAAUUACCUUGCUCAUUGGUCAGAGGUACUAAUUUAAAAGCACAAUGGGACUUUAAAGUCACUUCUAAUACCGCAAAUUUGAAACCAAGAGUUAGAGUAACCGUACUUGGUGUUACUACCGAUUAUAACUACCCAUAUCCAAAUGCAUGCAAGGAUUUAGUCAACGGUGAAUGUCCUUUGGAAAAGGGAGAAGAAGUCACAUAUUCUUUGUCAAUGCCUAUUUUGAAAGUCUAUCCAAUUCUCAAAUUGGAUAUCGAAUUUGCUUUGGUUGAUGAUAGAAACGAGGCUCAAGUUUGUUUCAAAAUUAAUGGAAAAGUUGUUGCCAAUUAAAUAAUAAUAUCAAGGAUCAUCGAGACAUAUAUUGACUAUAUUAUUAAUUAUUAUUAUUAUUAAUAUUAUUAUUAUUAUGAGCUUACGAUCGAAAUAGCUUAUAUAGAUGUACGUAUUAGAUUCUAAUCGAUUCGGAAAUGAGAAAUAGUUGUGUAAUUUAAUCGUCGAAAUUCAUCAAGGAUGGACGCAUCUGUGGACGAUAAUAUUAGAGAGAAUGCGAGAGUGUACACAUAUAUAUAAUAUAUGUAUAUACAUAUAUACAUACGUGUGUGUUACGGAUCGAUUCAGCAGAGACAGCUAGGAGAAAAGCACUGGAGAUAAAGUUUUUGAUUUCUCCAUUUUAAAUGAGAUUGUCAUUUACCAUCUAAGAUAAUCUUGUUGUAAUUCUAAUACGUAUUUAAGUAUAAUAUAUUCUAUAAAUCAUUUUUUAAAAUGGAA